AGAGACCAGAAGGGGCAGUAGCAGAAAUAUGUCACUUGAGGCACUGGGCAGCAUUGCUCAGCAGUGCUUGGGGCCACCCCAGACAGCUCCACUGUCCUUGGUGUGCCCCAAACUCCUUCCCAAAUGUUGAGCGGCCUCUUAAGUUCGAGGCAGUGUUUUAAUGGUAAGGUAGCUUUCCACCCUGACUUCUCACUUCUCUCUGCUCUCACUUUCCAGCUGAAGGGAAAAGGUUUGGGGGGGUUAGAGUUGUUCCCUUGGGGUCUUCUUAAAGGAAAACUUGGGGGUAAUUCAAGUGUGUUGCCAGGGCCUGAGUUUGAUUUCAGGUGUAUCUAAACCUCAGCACAGAUCAAUUUCUUUUAUCUAUGUGGAAAUGCAAGAUGUGAGCUUCUGAGACUGGAUAGAUGGAUAGCCUGGAUUCAUAUUUGCCAAGAAAUGUUCUCUGCCUUAUUGCUCUCAUUUAAUAAAUAUUUGCUCGGGGGUGGGAAGCUUCUGUAAAAUUCCACAUCUUAAACUUUAUACCAAACAAUGCUUUUUAUAAACCACAAUGCUUUUUUUAACAAUACCAAUGGUCUUAAAAAAAAAAAAAAAAAAAAAAAAAAACCACCUUUAGUGAAUCCAAAGACCAUAUUUCUGCUGACUGAACUGUCUGGUACUGUGAGCUGUGUGUAGAGAACCAGUUUUGACUUUUCUUUUCUGUACUCUUUUGAUCAAAGGGUAGCCUCUGAGGGUAAGUGACUAAGACUUCUCCUCUGCUGCCCAUGGUGCAGGGAUAGCUGCCGUCUUCAGUCAACCCAAAGCUCUCCAAAGAGAAGGCUGGCUCUAGACAGGUGGUAUAUACAUGAUAGUAGAGUAACUGGCCAACUGCUUCUUGUGCUUAUAUUUUUUAUUUUUUUAUUUUUUUUACUCUGCAUUUUUUCAUUGUUUGUAUAUUUGAUAACCUGAGCGUUGAAUUUUUGAGAUUUUAUUUUUGUUUUCUGAUGUUCUAUUUCUCUUAACUGUCAUAAUGUGGUGUGUUUCUUAUAGGAUAAAGUGAAUUGAGGUGGGGUUUAAAUCUUUAAAAGGGAUGAGUUAACAACAAAAAAAAAUGAGUAGUUUGAAAGCUACAAUUACCUCGAAUGUUUAAGUGAAAAAACUAGUACAUGUGUGAAGCUUGGAGACAAAAUGUGAUAUUUAGAGACACUUCCCAGAAGCAUUGCAUGGAGCAGUGGAAUGGGAGUUCUGGACUGCCAGGAAAAAGCUGGUUAUGGAAGGAAGGGAGGGAGGGGCAGGGAGGGAAUCACCCCAGCUGGGAAAGGGGUCAGAGGUUACAAUAACACAUCUGUGUGCUGUGCUUGUUGCUUCCAGUACCCAAAAACUGGUGGGUAUCCAGUAUCCUUGGUUUUUGAAAUGUGCAUUUUUACAACAUUACCUUUUUCUUAAGCUAUUGUGACAAGGAUUCAUCUCCUCCUGUGUCUGACUGAGCCCACAGGGAAGAUGUGCAAGAGGCCAAACUUGGAAGCUGCCAUGGUUCUCAAUUUGGCAAAUCAGAAAAAAAACCUUUGUAGCUUCCAGGUGUUCAAAGUCAUCCUUUCCUUUAUCACUCCUUUGGCCAAAAGGUUUGUGCUCCCUUUGUAGAGGGACACAACAGCAGGUUUAGAAGUUCCUUUCUCCCAGAAAGAUGAGCUGGUGGUCAGUGUUGCUUUUUUUGGGGCAGCAGUUGCUGUUUGUGUAAACAAGAGCUGAGGACAGCUGGGCCAGGUGGGAGUUGGAAACUCCUGGGAUUCCAAUCCCUCCUCUCUGUCCUUGGGAACCUUGCAGGUGCCUGGCCUGUGGUCUCUGCUUUGGAUGUCUUGGGGGUCAGUGAAUCCUUGUAUACUGGGUACCCACGUGGUUAAUUAUUACCUUAUUAAGGACUGCUAUUAUGUCUGGUUUUAGUUUUUCUCAUCUGAUAUUUUACUGACGUAUGUGCUCUCAAGUCUAGAUCUUCUAAAGCACAUCAGCUGACAGAUUCACAGGAAUUUACUUUGUGUAUUUAAGAUUUAACAACAUAAUGCUUCAUUGUACUGACUGGAAUAUGUGCAAUAUUUUACAGUUUUCUCAUUCUGUGAAUAUUCAUUUUAAGCAACCUUACUGAAAUGGGACAAUUUGGAAACCUUAUUUCAUGUGCCAAAGAGGAGAUCUGCCUGAAUACUGACUGUUCUCCUGAACUGAUGUUCCCAAACACCCUGAUUUCUCCUAUGGCUGACUUUUUGCAUCAAAAAGAAUUCUGUUCUGGAUGGAAAUGGACCCUUAAACCCCACUGGAAGCUGACCUGUGCUGAAGAGGACUGCAUUUCAUGGGAGAACUGCUCCAGGAGCUGCAGCUUUUGCCAGACACCUGGUUCUGCCCUAUUGCAGGGGGACAUGUGAACCUAAAAUUCUAUAACUUGAGUAUUUCUGAGCACACUGAACUACAUGAACGACAGCCUGAGAACAGAUGUCUUUGUGAGGUUCCAGCCAGAAAGUAUUGCCUGUGCCUGCAUUUACCUGGCAGCCAGGACACUGGAGAUCCCACUUCCAAAUCGCCCACAUUGGUUUUUACUGUUCGGAGCAACCGAGGAAGAAAUUCAAGAAAUCUGCUUAAAAAUCUUGCAGCUCUACACAAGGAAAAAGGUGGAUUUAUCUGAUCUGGAAAGUAAAAUAGAAAAGAAGAAGUUGGCUAUUGAAGAGGCAAAAGCACAAGCUAAAGGUCUGGUACCUGAGGGAGUUCCAAGCUUGGAUAACACAUCGGGAUUUUCCCCCAUCCCAAAAAAUGAGUCUCCAAAAGAGGUUAAGGGAAAUAAACCUUCACCCCUACCUGUGCAGGCCAUGAAGAAUGCCAAAAGGAAAACAGAGGGAGCCAAGAGAACCAGCUCCAACAGCCCAGUAAACGGUGUCCAGAAAGGAAGAGAGAGCAGGAGUCGAAGUGGAAGCAGAGAUCAGAGUUACUCAAGGUCACCAUCGAGGUCUGCAUCCCCUAAGCACAGGAAGAGCGAGAGCUACUCCACGUCCAGCGGCUCCAAGUCGCAGAGCCGCUCGCGGAGCCGCAGCGAUUCCCCUCCGAGGCAGUUCAACCACGGCUCCGCCUACAAGGGCUCCAAGGCGCGCGGCUACAAGAAAUCCAAGGACUACAAAUACUCGGCGGCUCGCAAGGCGCGCAAGUCGCGCUCGCGCAGCUCGUCCCGCUCGCGCAGCCGCUCCCGCGAGCGCUCCGAGCACUCGGGCAAGUACAAGAAGAAGAGCCACUACUACCGCAACCACCGGCACGAGCGCGCCCGCUCCUACGAGCGCGCCGGGCACCGCUACGAGAGGGAGAGGGAGAGAGAGCACCCCGGGCACAGCCGGCACCGCCGGUGAGCCCGGGCUGCUCUGGGGGCUCCUGCUGGGGCUGCUCCUGGGGGGAGCUCUUCCUGGGCUACUUCCCAAUGGAGUUCCGGCUGGUGAGCCCCAGGGCUGCUCUGGGGGUUCCUGCUGGGGCUUCUCCUGAGGGGGUUCCUGCUGAGGUUCCUGCCAGGGCUGCUCCCCGAGGGGGCUCCUGCUGGGGGCUGCUCCUGGGGGGAGCCCUUCCUGGGCUGAUUCCUGAGGGGGCUCCUGCUGGAGCUGCUCCCUGAGGGGGCUCCUGCUGGGGGCUGCUCC